AUGGAUGAAAAAUUAGAAACCCAACCCUCGUAUACGGGAGGCUCAACUUGCCAUCCGGGCCCAAGGGGCUUUCGGUCAUUUCUCCGUCACUGGGCGCUGGCCAUCUGCUUUCUCUUGGCCGGGGGCUGGUUGUUCUGGUCACACAGCUGCCAUGUUCGCUUGGUCAGUAUCGAGGAACGAGUGGAGAACAUCUUAGCCCAGACCCCUCUGAUCGAUGGCCACAAUGACUUACCUAUCAAUAUUCGGAAACACUACAAGAAUCACAUCUACGGAUCCAACUUCACUAAGCCAUUUGCUGACGGCACUCUAGAGGGUGACACGGACCUACCCCGUUUGAAGCAGGGGCUUGUCGGGGGCACGUUUUGGAGUGUUUUUGUGCCUUGUCCGAAGAAUUGGAUCGACCCUUUGAACCGCCAGGACGCGCCUGAUCCCCGAAUGACUAUCGAGCAAAUCGAUCUAAUGCUGCGGGUUCAACGAGCUUACCCAGACAUCUUUUCUAGUCCCCCUAACAGCACUACCGCUCUACAAGCAUUUCGAGAAGGGAAAAUCAUCUCGCCUCUCGGGAUCGAAGGUCUCCAUUCUAUUGGAAAUUCUUUUGCCCAUUUACGCAUGUUCUACGAAUUGGGAGUCUCAUACGCAACUCUCACGCACAACUGCCACAACAUCUACGCAGAUGCAGCGACUGUCAGGGGGCCAGGUGGUAGCACUAGAAAGUCGGAUCCUCUCUGGCACGGUGUGAGUCCGCUAGGGAAGGACCUAGUCUAUGAAAUGAACCGCAUAGGCAUGAUUAUUGAUCUAGCUCAUGUGAGCGAGGAUACAAUGCGCGAUGUACUAGGCGCUGGUAAGGAUGACUGGUCUGGCAGUCGAUCACCGGUCAUCUUCAGCCACAGCUCAGCACAGGCGCUAUGCGCGCAUCCUCGCAAUGUCCCUGAUGAUAUUUUGACUUUAGUAAAAGAGAGACACUCGGUGGUGAUGGUUAACUUUGCACCCGAUUUUAUCUCCUGCACAGCAUCUGAUCACGAUGAUAGACUGCCUGAUAUAGAUGAUGAACACGCGACUCUGGAGCGGGUUGUGGACCAUAUUAUGCAUAUCGUGGACGUCGCCGGAAUAGACCAUGUCGGAUUGGGCAGUGACUUUGACGGAAUGCCAACUACGGCACGGGGCUUAGAGGAUGUGUCGAAGUUCCCAGGUCUGAUUGCCGAGCUUUUGCGGCGCGGUCUCAACGAUGAGGAUGCUGCCAAGGUGGCGGGGGCUAAUGUCCUGCGGGUUUGGAGAGAGGUGGACCGGGUUGCUCUAGAGAUGCAGGCUGAGGGUGCUGUGCCUAUGGAAGACUGA